ACUGAUCAAGCGGGAACAAAAGAACGAAUUAGUAAGAUUAAUUAACGACGUAACCUCAAUGUGGAAGUCAUAUUUUCCAGUGUGUCACCCCACCUCAUCAGCCGUGGGUCGCAGGUGCAGCCUUCACUCGAAUACGCUAGUAGUACAAAGAACUUCCUUCAGAUGAUUGGGACAGCGACAACUACUAGCAACUAAAUGGUGGAAUGGCAAUCAAAUCGAUGGUUGCAUUUUCGACGCGCUCCAGGGAAGACUCAUCGAUGAUCGUUAUCGAAGUUUGCACUCACAGCCUGCUGAUUAGAUAGCAUCCGUCGGCGUCGGUUGGACUCAGCUGUCGAUAUUUUGUGCGCACAUUUGUCAAAACAAAUAACUGCUGCCUGGACAUGACCUUGUUCAGCCUUUAUUAUGGAAGGAAAGCUGAAACCUACGCGGAUCGUUCCGGCGACUGCCAACGAUUUGGUGAGUGUUUUCGGUGCUGCAAGCCCUGCCAGAGGGCGUUGCGAGGCGUGGACCGAAAACGAAGUUGGCGUUCCUGCGAGGGUAGGUGAAAAUGAAAACACACCGGAGGAGGACCCCACGGAACCGUUCAUACGGAAGGGCAGUGCGAGUGAAUCCAGUAUCGAAAGUGAUGGUCGGCUUUGUGUGAAGGCCAAAGGGCGUAUCUAUUCGAUUGAUGUGGAGAAGAGUGGUGCGAAGGAGGAGCGAACAAACAAGAUACGUAGUGAUAGUGCAAGCAAUCGUAGUGCCAGUAAAGUCAGAGGAGGUCCUCAUCGUGAUACCAAAGUAGUGGAUAAGUUUGUUAGAACGAACCGAAAGCGAAGGAAGCGGAAAGAUGUCAAAAGUGUGCUGGUCAAAUUGAGCCAGUGUUGUCCCUGGGCGGUUCCAUGGAGUUUGCUGCUAGUUAGUGCAAUACAGAUAUGUACAUAUAUUUUAAACCAAGAAAAUUUGUAUCGGCUGUUAAUUUUCUCUCCAGUUCGCCAGUUUGAGCUAUGGCGCUUCGUGACGUACACUUUCCUACACGCCGGCGCUGUCCAUUUGAUGUUAAAUGUCAUCAUACAAAUAAUAGUAGCUUUUCCCCUGGAGACGGAACAGGGUCAUGUGACCGUGCUGUUGGUGUAUUUCGGGGGCGUAUUGGCCGGUGGACUGGGAGCAUCCGUGUUUGAACCGACGCUGAUGGUCGGUGCUUCCGCCGGAGUGUACUGUUUGCUGAUGAGUCAUAUUCCGCACAUUGUUAUGAACUUCCAAUCGCUGUCCCACCGGUACUUCCGGCUAGUAGCAGUACUGCUACUCUGUGUCAGCGACGUCAUCUACUCCAUCCGACACUGCCUAACCAAAGGAAAUCUCGCUCCGAGGAUCGGAGUCGCUGCACACGUGAGUGGUGCCAUCUGUGGCCUUCUGUUCGGCUUCAUCGCCUAUCAGGGUGGUAAAGAACUGUGCUUCCGGGUGGCCCGAUACACCGCCGCACUACUCUACCUCGGCUGGAUAGUCGCAACGGUUGUUUAUAAUAUUGAGCGGAGGUUUUGAGUGAUAUGGUCGCGAUUUUGCAUUUUGUUUAAUUUAAAAAAAUUGUGUUCGUCGAUAUUUAUAUUAGCUAGUUGGUAGGGUGACCGAAGGCCAAAAAAUACUUACACUUAUAGAACAAUCAAAAUUGUACCUAACUAGAUAAAGGAAAUAAAUUAUUUUAUUGCAGUCAUUAUACAACAAGUAAACUAAA